AUGUUUCGGUUGAAUGGCAUCAUGGGCCUCUUGGACUUCACCAAGUUUCACGACGUCCAGCCUGUCCCAGCUACUCUUCGCCGCCCCCACUUCCUCCCCCACGCUCCCUCCUGGGAAAAUCUCCGCAACCUCUCCUCCCUCUCCUCUCUCCCCGGCGUUCUCCGCCACCCCACUGCUGUCUCAACCGACAAAUCAGGUGCCAUUAUGGGCCGAAGGGAUGCCCCUCACCCCUUCCCAGGCCCUGCUGACUCUGCUUCUGCCUCUCAAGCUUCACUGGCUUAUCCACCCGUGAUUUCCGCUGCUGGUGGUGGUAGUGGUGGUGACCCUGCUCCUGUUGCAGCUGACACGAUUCGAAAGAACUCAAGCUUCAUGAACAUCCUUUCUCUUGGAUUUGGGCCUGGGUCAGGCUGGGGAGGUGGGGUAUGGGGGAGUGGAGUGUGGGGUGGUGGAGUGUUGUGGAGCGGAGGAGCAGGCGCAGGAACAGAUGAAGGGUCAAGAGGAACAGUAGCAGCAGGGAGAGGGAGUUUACCAGCCGCUGGGAACACGGCUAAUGAUGUGGUCCGUGGAGGCAGUGUGUAUGCAAGCACAUCUGGUGUUGCUGCUGAAGACUGGGGAAGAGUCCGUGAAUGCAGAGCUGCAAGUGACUCUGCAGCUGUUGGGGAAGGAGCAGGAGGAGGGCUAAGGGGUGGGCAGGGUCACAAUGGCGGGGCGAUGUUCUUGCCUCUGGCCGGCAUGGAGCAUGAACUGUCCAUGGCCUCUCUCCCUCCAGUUAUUGAAGGCAGCUCCGGCAGCAGCAGCCCAUCCAGUGUGCCUCCAGCUGUUAUUUCAAACUCAGGUGUUUUCAACAGAUCAGGUGUGUGGAAUGCUGCUCAUGUAGGGACAUGGUCCAUGGAAGCAACAGCAGAGGCUGCAGUGAGUGGAGCUGUGGUUUUAGCUCCUGUAGCAGUCGCAGCCACAUCAACAGCAGUCAUAGCAGGAGGUGGAGAUGCAGCAGUCACGGUAGGAACAGCUGCAGGAUCAGCGUCACAAGCUCCUGCGUUUGAAGGGAGGAAGCAGAUGAGGCGUAUGGUUAGACGGGGGAGCGCAGAGAGAUGGGACCGGAUUGGUGGUGGGAUGACAACGGAACAAGGGCGACUUAGCAGGUGUGUAUCAUUUGAGGUAUCACCUGUCGCUGAAUUGAUUGGUGAGGGAGGGGCACAGCGAGGGGCUGAGCUGACAGCAGGGAGGGAAUGUGCGAGUCCAACUGCAGCAGUGCUGGAUGGGGGGGGGUCUACAAGGCAUGAAGCCUGCAAGGAAUUUACUCAAACUGCAGACAGGCAAGAAAUGGAGGAAAUGGGUGUUGAAAUUCCCAACAAGAAGGGGCGGAGGGAGCAGAGGGAUUCAGCGUCUCCUAUUUCUCUGGUCCUCGCUUGUCAGAUUGCUGUGGCAGAGAAGAGGGAGCAGCAGUGGCGAUCACUUGUUGUGGACCUUGCCAUCAAGCCCUUGAAACCCUGCAGGAGCAGUUGCGUUGCGCCUGCCACAAUUCUGAGCGAAGUUACGAAGAGCAAUGUAGAUUCAAUUCCCGUCCUUUCGCAAACGGAGGUGGCGGAGAGGCUUGCUGGCCACAAGCAUCCUAAUCAACGAAACUAUCGCGCGUUUUACUCGAGUGUGGUCGGUGGAAUCACGACGGAUCCAGCAACUAUGGUAAUUCCUAUUGACGAUCACAUGGCUCACAGAGGCCACGCUGUUUUUGACACCGCCAUUAUUUGCUCAGGGUACUUAUAUGAGCUUGAUGAGCAUGUUGACCGUUUUAUAAAGUCAGCUCGUGCGGCAAGAAUUGAACACUCAUAUUCUCGAGAAGAGCUUAAAGCUAUUAUCAUCCAGACUGUCGCUGGUCAGUGA